AUGAAGUCAGUGUCACUGGUAAUAGGUGCUGUGUUUUUGGCGUUGUGCCUUACCAACGUGUUUGCCAGCGACGUGGAGGGUAAAGACAGGAAAGAGAAUAGAAAAGUGACCGCAACUUCACAUCAGUCCAAGGGCAUCAAAUCAUUCUAUUCAGGACGCAUUGUUAAUGGGAAGAACGGCGAUAUUGCAUCGUUCCCCUACAUAGUACACCUGCGAGUGAAUAACUUUGGUGCUUGUGGUGCAAGUAUUAUAACGCUCAAGCACGUCUUUACUGCUGCUCAUUGCCUGUAUAAGAAUCAGAAUGCUACCAAGAUCACACUAUACGGAGGCAGUACAACACAGACCAGAGGUGGGGUCAUGUUUCAGGCCAGCAAAAUCGUUAUCCAUCCAUACUACAACCCAGAAACACAUGAUUAUGAUGCGGCAAUAGUGGAAAUAAAAACUUCCUUCCAAGGAUACGACAAUAUUGCUCCGAUUGCUCUCCAAGAUACAGAAGUUCCUAGUGAUACUACAUGCUACGCGGCAGGCUGGGGGUUGAAUAACUAUGACAGAAGAACCACUCCUGACAAUCUGCAAUAUGCCACUCUGCAAGUAAUUACACAGCAGCAAUGCUCAGCAGCAUGGGGUAGUUAUGCCACACCACAAGUUAUUUGUGCCCAGCAAAACAAUAACGGUGAUGUAUGCAAAGGCGAUAGUGGAGGACCAUUCGUUUGUAACGGCAAGCUAACGGGUGCAACCUCUUACGGUGGUAUAGGUUGCCGGGGCAGAUUGCCGUCUGCAUUUGCUAAAGUUACUGCUCCAGCCAUUCGCGAAUUUAUUCGUAACACAGCAGGAAUUUAAGUACGAAUAAAACGGUUUACCACCAUGCUAGCUACAAUAACUUCUCUGUGAUUUCUACAAUAACGUGAUUUCACACAGCUCAGCAAAACCAAUGUUGCUAACAAUUCUUGGAUGAGUAGUAUACCAUUCAAAUCAACAUUAACAAACACUUUCAUAUCUGCGCAGCUGGGGUAUAUCUUCGCUCUUUUUAUUGCAAAUAUUUGUUUCAGAACAAUUCAGUUUUUUUGUGAAUACAUACUUGCAUGCCUUUCACUGAUAAACUGCCAUGAAUCUACCACGCAACGUGCCCGCAACGCCUACCAGCCAACCUGACAUAAGUACCUGUUAAUAUGUUGCUUCAUGCUCCAAACACUAUCCUUUAAUAAAUAUAAUCGACCGGUUUAAUUACUUA